AUGUCAUCUAACCAAUUGACUGGUAGGAUUCCUUUUGGAAUGGGAGACUUGUCACAACUUCGAUUCUUGAACUUGUCGGAUAAUUUUCUAACUGGUUUCAUUCUAAAUUCUUUCCAAAACUUGAAAAACAUGGAAAGAUUGGAUCUUUCUCAAAACAAGUUGAGUGGAAAAAUCCCUUAUGAAUUGGUUGGACUCACUUUUCUAUCUACAUUUAGUGUUGCAUAUAACAAUCUUUCAGGAAGAAUCCCAUUUGUGCGGCAGUUCUCAACUUUCAAUAUGCAAUGCUAUGAUGGAAAUACGGAUCUCUGUGGAGAGCCUUUGCCAAGAAACUGCUCAACCACAAUCGAACUUGAACCUGAACAUGAGGGCCAAAACAAGUACGAAAAAGAAGGGGCUAGAAUAAUUGAUAAUCCUUUAUUCUUUUAUGCAUUUGUUGCUAUCUCUUAA